AAUAAUAAUGAAAAAAAAAUGUUGAAAAAGAUAAAAUUUUGUGCUCAUAAGGAUUAGAAGGAAGCUCCCAAACGGGCAUAGCCAUGGCAGCUUGGGGUUUAUAGGUUUUAGGGAUAUCGUUUCAUUUUCAAUUUCUUUGCACUUCCAUCUCCUCUUUUCCUUUUUCACUUCUCCUUUCUUCUCCCAUGGAUACUUCUUUCAGAUACGCCGGAGACUCCAGAGCCUUAAGAAUCCACGCCAAGGAGAAGAUUUCUCUCGACUCCAACAUUUUCUUGCAGGUUCGUGGCGAGCUAGAUACAAGAAUAGGAGAACCGAGUCUCCUCGCUGCUUCCGUUAGACAAUUUAACCAGGAUUUGUCUGCAAGCGCGGGUUUAGGAGUGCAGUAUGAUAAAUAUAAGAAACUUCAUUAUGUUGGUCGUGGGAAAAUGUCUUUUCCUGUGACUACCGAUGGUUUGUUGAGAUUUACUAUUAAAGGGCAAUCUCAUCUUGACAAGGAUUUUAAGCAGAUUAAGUACAAAGGAGCUGCUGAAUUUUCUUUGGGUGUAUUAAAUUUUCAAAGGGAACAAGAUGUAAGAGUCAAAGUAGGUUAUGAAGUGUUCGAAAAGAUACCAUACGUUCAGAUCAGGGAAAAUAACUGGACACUGAAUGCUGACAUCAAUGGUAGAUGGAAUGUGAGAUUCGACUUAUGAGAAAUAGAAGUUGAACUUUCUCCUUCAUAAGUAGUAAUUUCAGCUGCGGGAUUCCUUUCUGAGAUGUGUAUUUACCUUCAUUUCCAUUGUUUCUAUUCUAUUCCGAUAAGCAUUGUCUCAACAAUUUUUUAACGAAUUGAUACAUUUUUCAAAUCCUUUAUAAUCAUUGUUAUUAUAACUUAGUUUUAUGUUAA